CCCUCUGCCAGGCAGUCUGACUAGACUGCCCCUGAAGGCGCUCCCACCCGCGAGCGCGGCGAAACCUUCUGGAAGCCGCGCAAAGCCUGAUGGGGAGGCCGCUGAGUGCUUCCGGGUGGAGUGUGGGCGCCGAGCCUGAGCGGCCUGUCCUCACACGCCGGCGGCAGUUGCACUACCUAUAGCCUGUGGAACCCCUGGAGGUCGUGUCCAGAAAGGUGCCAGAAGAGUAGAGGUCCUGGUGCACAGUGUCUUCACCCUACAGCAUUUGGAAGUGAUUGUCCCUGAGGGACAGAAGUUUCUCCUGGCUUUUUGUGGAAAGACCAGACAUGGCUGAGGUGGUUGCUGCCCGAAGGUUCAAGCCCCCACAGGGAUGAUGCUUCUCUUUGCCUUCCUCCUCUUCAUGGGAUGGCCACUGGGCUUCGUUGAGCCCUGGAGCUAUAAUGUACAGUGCUAUGAGUGUGUAGUGAAAAACACCUUUAAUUGUCCAGAACUUAGAACGUGUCCUUAUGAAAUUAGGCGCUGUUAUACUGUCUCCAUGCGUUUGAAUUCUCGGGACAUACUCGUCGUCAAGAACUGCACAUUUAACUGCACAUUUAUGUAUAGAUCCGAAGAGCCUCCAGAAGCCCCCAGAAGAAAGACGACUCAUAGAUUUAACAGUUUUUAUUGGGUUAAUUGUUGUGGUGCGAACAUGUGCAAUUUCCAAGGACCUAGUAAUCUGGAGAGGGACAUCACAGCAGAAUACACACUUGAAGAGGAUAUAGAAGAUAAUGCACAAUUGGUGCAGUCAGCUUUGUUCCUGAGCAUCGUCUCCAUUCUAGUCAGGAACACGCUGACCUGAGAAGCCCCCUUUGGAGGGGCUGAUCAUCUCCCCAUCUCUCACAAGUUAGCUCUCCUUUACUCUCCUGUCAGCCACACUCACAAGAACACACUCUCUUGUGUCCUUUACUAUUACUCUCCCUGACCUCUAGAGCCCCCGGUUGAUGAGUUCCCCAUUUAGCACCUGUUGCAAGAGAGAAAUAAACACCAGACUCGUUCAGGUA